UCAAGAUUCUUUACGAACGUUUAUUGAGUGGAAAAGAUUAAAUUAAGCCUCUCAGUGGCGUGAUUAAAAAGUGUUGGAUUAAAACUUGGAGUGAACUCACCUCUCUGAAGCUGCAUCGUCCAUGCUAAUUUUUAUCAUGGAUUCACUGUGCCUCGUGAUCUUGACGUACUUUACCGGAUAUCACACUUGAAUGUUGACCGUUAAUGGUUCGUUUAAUAUUGAAAAUAUCUCGAUCUUAGUUUCCGUCUCUGUUUGUUUCUCCCCCCCCCCUUUUUUUGUGUAUGUAACUUUUCUUUGGGUGUAAACUUUAUGUUUUCAACGUUUCUGGAACAUAAUUUUCAUAUUGCAAUCAAACGUUAACUAAUUGAGGAAUCUAAAAACAAUCAGCUCCAAGUGUUGACAAUACUCCAGGUUUCAGCAAAUCACGCACAUGAAAGAUGGGUUUUAAAGAAAAAUCAGACUCACAAGCAGUUCUCGAUGUGGAAGUGAGCGGAGAUAGCCCUGAUUUGGAUGAACAUUAUGAGCCACACGAUUACCAGCCACCUGGUAAAUCAGCCUCGUACUGCGAGGCGCUUUUCAUUUUGGUAAAAGCCAGUUUGGGGACCGGAAUUCUAUGUAUGCCGAGAGCUUUCUAUAAUGCAGGCUAUGUUCUAGGUGCGGUCGGCACGAUCUUUGCAGGCGUGAUAUCUGUGCUCAGCGUUCAUCUAAUUGCAAACACAGAGCAUGAGCUUUGCAGGAGAAAGAGAAUCCCUCGCAUGACGUAUCCGGAGACACUCGAAGCAUCAUUUGAGAUGGGCCCUGGGAAUGUUAAACGAUACAAAGGUAUUGCAAGGGUGGUAUGCACUGUAGCUUUAACUAUGCAGGCAUUUGGUAGUGACUGUGUGUAUGCAAUCUUUAUAGCUGUAAAUAUCAAAGAGAUUUGUGACCAUUUUUUCACCCCCGCCCCGCUGAAAUUUUAUCUGCUAUGCCUGCUCGGACCCUUCAUAGUAAUUUGUUGGAUACGGAAUCUAAAAUACUUGGCACCAGGAUCCACAAUAGGCACCGCCUGUAGCAUAUGCUGUAUUGGUGCUGCCUACUAUUAUAUAUUUUCGCAGCCCAUCACGACUGAAGGACGGAAAACCGUAGGAUCCCUCAGGGAUUUUGCUCUCUUUUUCGGUGCUGCAUUGUUUGCGCAAGGAGAUUUUGGAGUUGUUGUACCUCUAAAAAACAGGAUGACAAAACCGGCACAGUUCGGAUCAGUUUGUGGUGUCGUAAACGUGGCGAUGAUUCCAGAUGUUUUCCUCUACGUGAUCAUUGGUGUUUUCGGAUAUUUAGCAUACGGUGAUAACACGCGCGAUCCAAUCACACUAAACAUGCCACAAACUGGAUUUGCUGGCGAUUUAAUCCGAUUCCUGUUGGCCGUCUCCGUUUUUGCGAUGUAUCCCAUUUGUAAUUACGUUGUCAUCGAGUUGCUCUGGGACAAAAACUUGAAGCUAAAACUUCAAGAUGUCAAGCAUCGAAGCAAGUGGGAGUACGCUUUUCGAACAGCAGUGACUUGCGCAAAUAUUCUAUUCUGCAUCGCCGUUCCCAGUUUGGAAUUGGUUAUGUCACUAGUGGGAUCUUUGAUGGUGCCUGCCCUCUCUUUAUGGUUCCCCGCCAUCAUGUACACGCUCACGUUUUGGGACGAGUACAGAGGCAUUAAAUUUGCAUUCUUCCUACUCAGGUCUUCCAUCCUUCUGCUCACCGGCGUUUUCGCACUUGUAGUUUCCGUUAGCAUCACGGUUUUUGAAAUUUAUGAAACCGUGCUCUAGUCACAAAUUGAUCUGUCACUUUUGUACAUAUUUUUGUUGUAAAUACAUACGUUUUUAUACGAUCUAUCAA